CGCAAACAUCAGACACGGAACAACAGCGAACCCUGGGAGAGAGCGGUGUGGACUGUGGUUGGAUAUAUUUUCCUGCUGUUCCUCGCGGGUGUCUCUCUCUCGGACGCUCCCUCGCCGGCUGCUUGCUCCUUUCCGACGUUCCGCUAUCAGCUAGUCACGGCAUUCCGGUUACCUGUAUAGCGAGACAGGCUUCCUUCGCUGGUGCCAGCCCGGCGUUCCGGCCACUUUAUAAUCUCCAACAUCCCAGACAGGUGAGACGCCGAGUUAUGAAGGUCAAGGUUGAAACAAGCAUGACACAUGACACUAUGAAAGUUGAUCUGGAGAAUCCUAUGUCCGGCUUUCAAAAAGUUAAGGAGGAAUUAGAAGCUGAUGUGGUGGAGGAAGCAAAUCAGAGAGGGAGAACGGGACGGAGUUUACGUGCUAAGCAGGGUAUCAAAGUGAAGAAAGAAAAAAAAGAUGGUAAUGAUACACUUUGGGUGAAUAGGGCUUUGAUCUCAAACAAAGCACAUGGGACAGGAAUUUCAGGAACAGUGUCAUUUGAGCACAAAUGUCACUUGCGGCGUUUGCUGAGGAAAAUGAUGAGGGAGCAAAAAUGGAAGGGGGCAGCAGGAGUUUUGAGCACAUUGCUGAAGGGCACAUGUAAGGAUUACUUGUCCCUAAAGAAUCGAAGGAAAUAUUGGGCGUCAUUGGAGCUUCUUAGACGGAUUGGGUUUUCCUCCGGCAAUCUCUGGAAGCUAGAACGUAUAUAUGAAAUUUGGUCAAGUAAGCAGCGACCAGGGAAUCGUACAUCACGUAAGAAGAAGUAUCUGAUCCAGUUGGAGCAUGCACUCCUUUUGUUAAUGGAAGCCAAGGUUGAAGAUGCAUACAACAUCACUAAAUUCCUUGUGCAGGAGGGUGAAUGUAGAAAUGAUUCAAUUAUACAUUUGGUUCAUGGUCUGAUAUUAUAUCAGAUGUGGUAUGCUGGUAUUCCUGAGGGUUUGCAGUUGAGAACUGGUGGGAGACAUGAAGCUGCAGCAUUUUCUUCUUCUGAUGUACUUUCUAUUCAUCGCAGUAGAUCAAGACCUGUUGAGGCUCCUGAUUCUGAUAAUGCAAUUGAUAACUUGAAAGAAUGUGCUUCUGGUUACAACUCAGAAAGUUCAAUUGGUAAUUGCAAAAACACAUGCUUUGGUAUAAAUGAUAAGUCUUCAAAUAGAAAACCAGCCAGACGUUCUCAUCCAUGUAAACUUUAUAUGGAUCCAACUGCUGAAAUUAGAGUUGAAGAGUCCAUUUGUACAGAUGAUUCAUAUGAAGCAGAUUUUUCUGUUUCUUAUGCAUAUCUGGGUUCAGAUUUCUUACCUAUACGGAUCCAAAACUUGCAACAAGAAGCAGUUGAUCUAAUUGACUCGUGUAGGAUGAUGGUAAAUGAAUUUUUUAAGGAUGCCGUGAAGCAUUUACAGCUUGCACUUUCCUCCAAGCCACCAGUAUUUGCAGCCUUACCCCUGCUUGUACAGUUAUUGCUUCUUGGUGGUCAAGUUGAGGAUGCAUUGGAGCUGUUGAAGAAUUUCUCUCUUAAUUCAGAACAUUCAUUGCCUUCAAGAUUGAGAGCCUAUCUGCUAGUGCAUCUCCGCAGCAAAAAUCUCAGGCAGCUUUCCGCAUGUCAUGAGGAUGCUCUCAGAAAGGAUCCUACAUCAAGUGAUUCAUUAAUCCACCUGAUCAAAAUGCAUGAAUCUGGGAAUUAUGUUAUGGAGAAGCUAAUUGAAAUGAUAGCUAUACAUUUGGAUGCUACUUGUGGCACAUCAUAUGUGUGGCAACAUCUUGCUGUGCUCCUUCUACAAGUUCAGACAAAACAAUUUCAAUAUGAGGAUGACCGGUUUUCCACAGAACAUGCCUAUAAAGGCAACACAAGUUUACCUUCAUUUACAAAUACAGUUCUGUUGCCAAAAAUGUUCUCUGGAAGGGAACAACAAAAAGUUUGGAAACUCCGGUGCCGAUGGUGGUAUACUCGUCAUUUCAGCAGCAAAAUUAAUCUUAACGAGAAUGGAACAGGUGAUUUGCAGCUUCUAACAUGCAAGGCAGCAUGUGCAGCUCACUUUUAUGGAAGGUCAUUUGAGUAUGUUGCAGACGUAUAUAAUGUUUUAAAGAAGCAAGAUGGUGGUAGUCACAUUGCGGUAUUGAAGAAGCAUAUAGACAGUUGUCUUGAUCUUCAAAAUAAGUUGAACAGGAAAUGAGACGUUGUAUGCCUACCUAGACAGCAUGAUAUGAAGGAAAUUCAUCUUCUUUUGCUUGUGGAUC